AUGUCCAGCCACAUCAUACGAGUACUGCUUCUGUUGCUGGCAACGGUGAUUGGGAGUAGUGAGCCACUCGGACACUGCAGGCAGCUGGGUGACUUGGAGCUGCCCGCACAAGAGGUGGACGGGGAUGUUAUUAUUGGGGGGCUCUUCCCUCUGCACAUUGCUAUGUCGGAUCCUGAGCUCACAUACAGAGUGAAGCCCCACCAGGACCAGUGCACAAGGUUUGACUUCCGGGCAUUCCGUUGGAUGCAGACCAUGGUGUUUGCAGUUGAGGAGAUCAACAAUGACACCCACCUGUUACCUGGCAUACGGCUGGGUUACAGAGUCCUUGAUAGCUGUGACCAUGUCCAUACAAGCCUCCGGGGGGCUCUCUCACUGGUCAACAGUUCACAAAAACAGGAAAACGCAGCCCUCUCUUGUCUCUUCAGAUCACCUGUGCCUGUCAUUAUUGGCCUGGCAUCCUCAACACCCACACGAGCCGUUGCCCACAUGUUAGGGCCCUUCCGCAUCCCCCUGGUCAGUUACUUUGCCACAUGCGAGUGCCUGAAGAACAAGCAGGAGUUUCCUUCCUUUCUGCGCACAGCACCCAGCGACCUGUUCCAAGUGCAAGGGCUGGUGCAGCUGGUGUCCCACUUUGGCUGGCGCUGGGUAGGUGCCAUUGGCACUGAAGAUGACUACAGCCGCAAUGGGAUCCAGGCCUUCUUGGAGCAGCUGCACGAUCGGGGUGGUUGCCUGGCUUUCUACAUUCUGUUGCCCAAGUCUGCAUCCCAGGAACAGAUCGGCCAUGUGGUAGACGAACUGGAGGCGUCCAGCGCCAGAGUCAUUGUAGCCUUCUCUACCGAGGGCCAGCUGUAUGGGCUGCUCAAUGAGGUGGUGCGCCGGAACCUAACGGGACGCCAGUGGAUCGCCAGCGAGGCCUGGGUUACAGCCAGCCUGUUAUCUGGUCUGCAGUACCAUGACGUUCUGUCCGGCACCCUGGGCUUUGCCUUCCGCAGUGCCAGCAUGCCUGCACUGGGAGAGUUCCUGCAUCGCCUACGGCCUUCCUCAAGGCCAGAGUCUGUUUUCAUCAACAUGUUCUGGGAAGAACUGUUCAGCUGCAGACUAGAUUUCACUGGUACUACAGAUCUGUUGACUGUGGCUCCAGAACGCCCGGCGUGCAGCGGUACUGAGGACCUGAGGGGCAGGAAUCCCGUGUACUCAGACGUGUCCCAGGUGAGGGUGUCCUACAACGUGUACAAAGCGGUGUACGCCAUUGCACACGCCUUGCACCAACUUCUGCAGUGCAACAGCAUGGAGCAGAGUCCCAGCAAUGUGAGCUGCAAAGCCCUGCUGCCUUUGGAGCCACAGCAGCUUCUCUCAUACUUGAAAAGAGUGAAUUUUACCAACACAUUUGGGGAGAAGGUGCAUUUUGACAGCAAUGGGGAGCCAGUGCCCCUGUAUGAUCUUGUCAACUGGCAGAGUGAUGACAGUGGGUUCAUGCGCUUCUGGACCGUGGGAACUUUUGACGCUUCAGCUCCACCAGGCCAGCAGCUCCUCCUGGAUGAGGACGCCAUUCUAUGGACAGGAAGGCGCAAGCAGGUGCCUGUUUCUGUGUGCACUGAGAGCUGCCCCCCGGGCAGUCGGCAGGCCUCCCGCCCUCACGAGCCCCCCUGCUGCUUUGACUGCAUCCCAUGUGCAGAUGGUGAAGUGAGCAACCAGUCAGGUUCCACAGAGUGUACGAGGUGUCCGUCAUUCCACUGGUCUGACAGAGACAGGAUCUUCUGUGUACUGAUGGAUGAAGACUUCCUGGCCUUUCAUGAGUCCUUGGCCAUCAUUCUGGUGACGCUCUCAGUACUUGGGUUUGCCGUAACACUCACAGUCACAGGGAUCUUCUACCACUUCCAGAGCACACCAAUUGUGCGUGCCAACAACUCAGAGCUGAGUUUCUUGCUGCUGCUGUCACUGUCACUCUGCUUCCUGUGCGUGCUGCUCUUUGUGGGCCGGCCCACACCCUGGUCCUGUUUGGUGCGCCAGGCUGCCUUUGGGAUCAGCUUUGUGCUCAGCAUCUCAUGCAUUCUGACCAAGACUGUAGUGGUGCUGGUAGCGUUCCGGUCCACUCUGCCGGGGUCUGAUGCUGCACGGCUCUUUGGACCGCUGCAGCAGAGGAUGGUCAUCUUCUCAUGCACUUCUACCCAGAUGGUCCUGUGUGCAAGCUGUCUGUCGUGGGACCCACCCUAUCCCUCAAAGAACACUGCAUACCAGGCCGGGAAGAUCAUCCUAGAAUGUGAGGAGGGUGUCACCCUUUACCUUGUACUGAGCUACAUUGGUGUGCUUUCCUGUGUCUGUUUCGGCUUGGCCUUCCUGGGCAGGAAGCUGCCUGACACCUUCAAUGAGGCCAAGUUCAUCACCUUUAGCAUGCUCAUUUUUUUUGCUGUAUGGAUCUCUUUCAUUCCUGCCCACCACAGCUCUCCGGGCAAAUACACAGUUGCCGUAGAGAUUUUUGCCAUCCUGGCUUCCAGCUUUGGUCUCCUCUUCUGCAUUUUUAUGCCCAAAUGUUACAUUAUUCUGCUCAGGCCAGAGAAGAAUGUCAAAAAAGGCAUGGUGACCAAGCAGACUGUUCACAACAAAAAGAGCUUCUCUCAGUAG